AUGGCUUCCACCACUUCCUCUCCUCCGCCGGAGACGGCGUCAUCACAGAAUAAGCGAAAGGCUUCCGCUGCCGGUCUUUCGGCAGGAAAUCGACCGAUCAAGAGAAGAGCCUCUCGUGCUUGCUGUUGCUGCCGCGCACGCAAAGUCCGUUGCGACGUUGUGGAAAAUGGCUCACCUUGUACCAACUGUCGUCUCGACCAGGUAGAAUGCGUUGUGACUGAAAGUCGACGAAGAAAGAAAUUCCGUGUUGAGACUGAGGCUGUCAAGACCACCCCAGACUCGUCCACCGAGUUGUCUGAAGAUGCGGCGAAACGCCGCACUUCCAGCCAUGGCCUGGAUGGACUCGAUCAAUCAGGUCUCGAUGGUCUCACAAAGGACGAUCCCUUGUCGCCAUUCCAAGAAUCCAUUGAUUUGGAUCAAGGACAGCACGUGCCACAUUUUAUCUAUCAAUCACGUGGCUCGCACAUUGAUAAUGAAAAUUUGCCAGAACGGCGCUCAAAUUACUCCCAGUCACUGUCAAUUGCAGCUAAUAUAGGGCCAAGCUUUGCUGACGCCAUACAUCAAUUACUUACCCCGCCGAGUCAAUCCAACCAGCUGCCGGACUACAUCAGGCGUCUGCCACAGCGUUUACAGACCGAGGACCUUAACUACUUACAAGCAAAAGGUGCCUUGACUAUUCCGGAUAGAGCCUUGCGAGAUGCAUUGCUCAAAGCAUAUAUCCACUACGUGCAUCCAUACAUGCCUCUACUCGACUUGGAAGAAUUCCUUCAAAUUCUUGCCCGCAACGAUGGAACUCAUCACGUCAGCUUGCUUUUGUUUCAAGCUGUCAUGUUUGCUGGAACUGCUUUCGUAGAAAUGGAAGCGUUACGUAAUGCGGGAUAUAAUAGUCGAAAGACUGCCCGCAAAGUAUUCUUCCAAAGAGCAAGACUGUUGUAUGAUUUUGACUACGAAGUGGAUCGCAUCUCACUAGUCCAGUCGCUCCUGCUUAUGACCUAUUGGUAUGAAACACCAGACGACCAAAAGGACACCUGGCAUUGGAUGGGCGUGAGCUUGUCUCUGGCCCAUACCAUCGGCCUUCACCGUGACCCCAGCAACUCGGGCAUGGGACCACGACGAAAACAGCUAUGGAAACGGAUCUGGUGGAGUACAUACACACGAGACCGAUUGAUUGCCUUGGGCAUGCGCCGACCGAUGAGAGUAAAAGACGAUGACUGUGAUGUGCCAAUGUUGACUCUCGACGACUUUGAGUUCAAAAGAUUCCCCCCUGAGGUGUUGAACAUGCUGGGUGACUGCGAACUCCUACAAAAUACCGAGCACCAACGACAUUUGGCCAUGAUGUUCAUUGAAAAGGCUAAGCUUUGUCUUUGCGUGAGCCACGUUUUGUCAGCUCAGUACUCUGUUCUCAGCCAUCGAUUUGGAGGUACGACCGAGACUACCAUGAUGCUUGUACCAAAGAAAUCGGAGGCUGGAACGAUACAAGUUCAAAAGUGCGAUGAGGAGUUGGAAAAAUGGCAAGCGAAUCUGCCUUCUGAGAUUCGGUACACAUCUCUUGAGGGCGUUGACUCUCUUUCGCCAGCCGAAUCUUCAUUACAAGUGCAUCGCGCUUUACUUCGAAUGAUUUAUCUUACUACUUCCAGUGCUCUCCACCGGCCACAAGUGCUUCCAGCGAUGCCUUUCCCAGCUGUCGAGGCUGCAUUGCAAGAAAUCUCGCGCAAUAAAGUCCGUUACGCGGCGAUUGAGAUUACCAACACUGCACAACGCCUGCAUCAACUCAAUCUUACUCGGUUUCUGCCAACUGCUGGAGUCACUGUUCUCUUGCCCGCUGUUAUCAUACAUUUGCUUGAUGUCAAGUCCAACGACGCCAACGUGCGCAUGGUUAGUUUGCAGCGAUUUUACCAAUGUAUGCGAAUUUUACAGCGUCUUCGUGAGAUCUACGCAUCUGCCGACUUUGCCACUUCAUUCUUAGAAGCUGCUAUUCGAAAAGCCGGUAUUUCACUUAAUCUUUCCGAUCUGGACGAACACGAGCCAGUCCAUCCUCCUCCUCCUGCCCAGACUGUCCGUCCCGCAGCCUUGACACCGCCUCCAGAGUCAUCGGCACAGAAGCUGCCAGAUCUUACUUAUCCUUCAACAUUCGACACACCAUCUGCCGGCUUCACUAUCCCAGCCGAACCAAGCCACAACACUACAAUAAACCCAUUCGAUGUUGCAACACCACCACACUCCAACAGCAGCGAAAACGGCAGUACACAAAACCUCAACCCGAAUCUCUUCAAACAACAGCCUGACAUGAGCCUCAAUGAUUUCAUCGACUUGGCCAACGACGCCGAAGUAACUCAGAAUGAUUUUGAUGCUCUUCUCAAUUUCGACGAUGGUGGUCCCGAAUUAUUCGGCGCCGAAGAUGGGAUCAUGGCUUUUACGUUCAAUAGUAACCACAACAGCAACAAUCACCAGCACGACGGCCAUCAAAGUCAGAGACAGCCUCAGACACAGGGAAAGUCUGGCUUUGAUUAUAUUCCUGAUUUCGCCAACGACAGCAACGUGAAUACGUUGUUUAGUUAUGAUUAUUCUAAACGAAACGAUGGGUUUUCUGGUGAUGUCGACCCUGACAUGGGUUUGACUUUGAAGUUAUGAGAUGGUUUAUAUGACUUGCAUAGGCGGUUUCUUUUUUGUGGUAUGAGUUAUGAUAAUUUUACACAGGGUUUUGUGAAUAUGAUUUUAUUCGAGAAUGUAUUACAACCGACAUUCGGUUUGUCAUUGGCAUGGGACUGGCAUAUACAAAAGUCUGGACGGGUUUAGCGCAAGGUGUACUUUCUUUUCAUAUUGUACAUAAUUCAUUUGAUGGCAAUCUAUUCAUCCAUCAACAAUCUAACUUAUUUGUUAUUCU